AUGGCCUUCGGUUCAGAAAGCGGCUCGUAUCGUAGCGUAACCAGCACAGAGACAAUACACGAGGAAGACCAUGGCCUUCUCGGUUCAGAAAAGGUGGUUGUCCCACGUUCCAAGUGGAGGAGGAUGCUAAGCGACCACUCUCUCCUGCUCUCACACAUCGCAACAUCAACUUUAUAUCUCCUUGUCAGUUCGGCUGUUUGGCGGCAGUCAUCUCUUGAGAACUGUUCCCGUAAACUGUCAACUUGGUCACCCGCUCUCACCGCCGUCAGAUACAAUAAGCCCGACUUCUUCAACGCAGAGAUCUCACAAACGAAUACAUUCCGAGGUCCCAACGGUGUGCGUCCGCCCAAAGAAGUCGACGAAGCAUGGACGAAUGUCGGGAUAGGGAUGCCGGGUCUCAGAUUAUCUGGCGAAGAGUUAAAGGGUCUGGGGAAGAAGCUCGUGGACGGGACGAAGAGUCAGCAUCAAAUUCCAGAUGCGCAGGGCGGGUAUGUUGCUAUGCUGGAGGACGAGUUGAGAAAGGCGUUGUUCUACAACUGGGACUAUUACAGGGCGGAUUACCUUGUCCAGAACGCGACCAGGAGCACCAUCCAGACUCAUCAUGAUCAUUGCGUUGACGCCUUGCGACUGAGCUUGAUGUGUACCGCCGACGUCACUCCCGUUACUUUCAUCGACGACAGUGCCGUGCCUCGGCGACAAAACUCUUUGCCGGACUUUUCCACGAAACAUACUUGUCGCAAUUUCGAUGCGAUCGUAGCGUGGAGCUGGGAAACAGAGCGAGCCGUCAUGUGGGAGGACGUCGGGGAUGCUGCUACGUGGGAUCCGACCUUGGCAGAGCAGGAUGUAGGACACUCACAUGGAAGCCACAAGCAUGCAAGAAAGUGA